UAUAAGCGAUGUACCUCUUCGAACUCCUUUAUCAACAACAGGAAAUAAUUUAACAGCUACAAGUGGUAAAAAUGAUACAAUAGGAAAUAAUUCAACAGCUACAAGUGGUAAAAAUGAUACAAUAGGAAAUAAUUCAACAGCUGCAAGUGGUAAAAAUGACACAAUAGGAAAUAAUUCAACAGCUGCAAGUGGUAAAAAUGACAUAAUAGGAAAUAAUUCAACAGCUACAAGUGGUAAAAAUGACACAAUAGGAAAUAAUUCAACAGCUACAAGUAGUAAAAAUGACACAAUAGGAAAUAAUUCAACAGCUACAAGUGGUAAAAAUGACACAAUAGGAAAUAAUUCAACAGCUACAAGUGGUAAAAAUGACACCAUAGGAAAUAAUUCAACAGCUACAAGUGGUAAAAAUGACACAAUAGGAAAUAAUUCAACAGCUACAAGUGGUAAAAAUGACACCAUAGGAAAUAAUUCAACAGAUAUAAGUGGUAAAAACGACACAACAGGAAAUGAUACUUCAUACGUCGAUAUAUUUACACCUCCAGUAACCAUUUUGCUCACCACUCCUGAUCCCGCAAAGGGUCUUUUAUUUAAGAUAGGGUCGAGUAUCACUUUUUCUUGGAAAUAUUCUGCAAACUUUUCCAUUAAACCAAAAUAUAUGAAUGUUCUUGCUCAGCCAUCCGUAAAUUUGGAUCUAUACUUUACAAUUGUUGCUAAUGCUACCGGAACUAUCACUUCUGUAAUUUGGGACACGACAAAAGAUGCAUCUUCUUUACCGAUAACUAAAUAUAAAUUAUACAUAUUUGAUGAAAGAGGAAAAGAUGCUAGUAUAUCACCUGGUAGACUGUUGCCAUUUUCUGGUUUUAUUUUCUCAUUAUAUCUUCCAGAGGAUAACAUAAAUAUUUCACGUAAGUAA